AUGACGUUCAAGGCUGUGGAAGAUCGGCCAACGCCCAAAGAGGUGUACAAUGCGCGCCUGUACUUUGAGGCGGCGGUCAUUGCCAUGGGCUCGUUGCUCUUUGGUUACGACUCUGCGUUCAUCGGCACCACCAUUGCGCGCGAGUCCUUUGUGCGCGACUUCAACAUCCACGAAUCCGAGGCCAAGAGCAUCUCCAGCAACAUCACCGCCUCGUUCCAAGCGGGCGCUUUUUUUGGUGCCAUCUUCUGCUUCCUGGUCACCGAGAAAAUUGGCCGCAAAUGGGCCCUCAUGAUCUCCAACGUCAUCUUCCUCGUGGGCGCCAUCAUCAUGACUGCCGCGACACACCAGCUCUCGUACAUCUACGCCGGUCGUGUCCUCACCGGCCUGGCCUGCGGCGCCAUCACCGCCACCGUCCCCUCCUACAUCGCCGAGCUCAGCAUCAGCUCCAUCCGCGGCAUCCUCACCGGUCUCUUCGAGGUCACCUACCAGUCCGGCUCCCUCAUCGGCUUCUGGAUCAACUACGGCAUCAACCAGAACAUGGACCCCGCCAGCACCACCACCUGGCGCGUCCCCAUGGCCGUCCAGAUCAUCCCCAGCGGCAUGCUCCUCGCCACCGGCUGGCUCCUGCACGAGAGCCCCCUGUGGCUGUUCAGGAAGCAGCGCGACGAGGAGGCUUUCAAGGCGCUUGAGCAGCUGAGGCGUCUGGAUCGAAACCACACCUACCUUCAAGAGGAGGUCCAGAGCAUCCGUUCGAGGUUGGCUGAUGAGAGUGCCCUCGCGGCCAAGUAUGGCGACGGCGCGUGGGCCUUCUUCCGUGGUGCCCUGUUCGAGCUGUCGAGGAAGGGCAUGUGGAACCGUGUGGUCCUCGUGUUCAUCUCCUUUGGCCUCCAGAACAUGUCCGGUGCUGCUGCCAUCAACUACUACUCCCCCGCCCUUUUUGGCUCCCUCGGCAUCACCGACGUUGCCCUCUACACGGGCAUCUACGGCCUCGUCAAGGCCGUAGCCUCCAUCCUCUUCUACGGUGUUCUCAUUGAUGUUUGGGGCCGCCGCAACCCGACCAUCAUCUCCUCCCUCGCGUGCUCGCUCUGUCUCUGGUUCGUUGGGGCUUACGUCAAGGUCGGCCAUCCCGCCGACGUGAUCGCGGCCGGCAACGAGCUGUCGUCCUCGACGGCGGCCGGCGGCAAGGCGGCCACGGCCAUGAUCAUGAUCUACAGUGUCUUCUGGAGUUUCGGUCUCAACGGUAUUCCCUGGAUCGUCUCGGCCGAGAUCUUCCCCGGCGCUGUGCGCAAUUUGACAGGCACAUUUGCUGCCAUGUCGCAAUGGCUCGCGCAGUUUGUCAUCACCAAGGCUCUGCCGUACAUUUUUGAAUCAUUCGGCUACGGCGUGUGGUUCUUUUUUGCAUGUUGGAUGAUUAUCGCCACCGUGUGGGCGUUUGUCUUCCUGCCCGAGACAAAAGGCAAGACGCUCGAGGACUUUGAUGUCAUUUUUGGCUAUGUGCAUGAUCGUUCCUAUGAACACAACCAUGUCAAGACGAUCAACGGAGAUGGGAAGACGGACGUGGUCGAGCACGAGGAGGAGCAGAGGCCGCUUUAA